CAAGAAUCCUUUCAAUAUUUGCUUCACAUAUAAAAUUAUAAAGAUGCUUUCGACAUCAAUCUUUUAUCAUUUAUGCGCUUUCAUCUUACCAUCUGGAUUAACGUCUUACACUCGGAUUCAGCAAACAGAACAAUUGUCAGCCCCCUUGACAAGUUUCUGGCUCUAUGAGGAAAAUUUUUAUGUAGGCGGAGUCAACAGAAUUUACGCUUUGGAUAAAGAUUUGAAACAAAUUCAAAUAGCGAACACUUGUGAAUCUACAUUUGGUGUUUGCUCUAGAAAUGUUAACAAGAUUUUGCUUGUACAUCAGAGUGAGCAAUUCCAUGUACUUGUCAGUUGUGGCACGGGAAACUCGGGAGUAUGUGAAGCCCGUAACUUAUCAAAUAUAGAGAGCGUUUUAUGGUCAAGUUCAGCAAAUUAUAAAGCCUACGACCAUCUAACUGUAUCAACAAAUGAAAACAGACCUGCAGUUGGAUUAAUUACUAGUAAUGGGACAUUUUUUGUUGCUGUGACAUUUGGUGAUGGUAUUCACUUUUUUGAAAAGACCUUACUAGAUGGAAGGAAAGCUUCGACAUACAGCUUUGCUAUAAGCGCAAGGAAACUCUAUCAUUUUAAGCCUAUUAGACAUGGGUUCAAAGAAAAACUACUCAGAAUCCAAAUACCAUCUACACCUAAUGAAGACUUUUUGAUAUAUUACAAAGCAUGCUUCCAAUACAAUGGGAUGAGUUAUUUUGUUACAAAUCAGAAAAAUGAAGUAGGAUCUUCAGCCUAUGUAACAAAGCUAGUGAGGAUUUGUCAAAACGAUACACAUUUCAAUACAUAUACGGAUAUUGUCUUAAACUGCAAUCAUUUUGACGUAACGUACAAUUUAAUUCAAGAUGCUAUCUUGGUAGACAGUGAAAUGUUUCAGGAUAAUUCCGCUGGUGUUUUAUUUAUUGCAGUGUUUACAAGGGGAAAUAAUCCAGAAAAACCAUCAGGGGACAGUGUUGGUUGCAUAUCUAAAAUUACAGAUAUAGAUGAUGCAUUAGACACUGCCCAAUUGUUGUAUAGUACGUCUUGCACAGGGCCCGGGAAUGUUAGCACACGAUAUCUACCAUCUUACAAAAAAGUCGGAGAGUGCCAAAAAAAUAAAGAUAUCUUCGAGUAUCUUAACCAUGGAUGCAACACACCAAAAAAGUACAGCAAUGUUUUAAGCAAAGAUCCGAUAAACAUAGAGGCAAAUUUCGUCUCCCCAAAUAUCUCAGGUACCCUUACAACACUAGCUGGUGCGACAUAUGAAAACAAAACAGUCAUUUGGAUUGGAACAACUGCAGGGAUUAUACUACAGACAGUUUUGUUGCAAAACUAUUCGGUCUUAGAAAACUACAAAAUGACAGUAGACCCCGGUAAUGAAAUUAGGAAAAUAUACGCCAUUGGUGAAGAGACGGUGUAUGUGAUGAGCAGUAAAAAGGUAGUAAAGUAUGCGACAACUAAUUGUUCUGAAUUCGAGUCUUGCGAAGACGUGAUACAAGGUAAACAUCCAUUGUGCGGCUGGUGCGUUUAUAAAGAAAGAGCUACACGGCGGCAUGCAUGUUCCAACUAUACCGAUCAUUGGAUAUCGUCGUUUGAAAAUUGUUUGUCAAUGUCUGUGGCGCCACAUGCAGUACCUUUAUCGGUUGCAUCAAACUCAUCAAACACUAAGGUCAUUGUAAGGAUAAAAAAAUUUUCGUUGAGGGAUUUGGAUAAUGUAUACCUCUGUAUGUUUUCUAUGCAUUCCAACAAUUAUAUGACCAAUGCAGACGACCUUGAUAAUACCACAUUUUCUUGCUCGUUGCCGAUGUUUGCAGUCCAUGGUGAUGUGAAAAUUGAGCUACUUGUAAAGACACAAACGGGAUUCGAGGCAUCACUGUCGUCUGCUUCAAUUCUAAUCUAUGACUGCAGACAAUAUAAAAGGUGUAUGGAAUGUAUUAAUACUAAAUUCGUCCAGUGUAAUUGGUGUGGUCAAGAUGCAAGUUGUCAAGAACCAAAGUCUGGAUGUCCUAGUCCAAUUUCGAUUAUAGGUGAAUGUCCACAACUACUUAAUAACAAAGGGAACUUCCUACCAUUAGGGACAAGAUCAGUUUUAACUUUUCGAAUUGCAAAUCCUAUAAAUUCCACAGGUGUGAUUUAUAGAUGUAUGCUUCACGCUUCUGAGAGCGUCAUGGCAACCUUGAAUGGUGAUUUUUUAUCGUGCCGUAUGCAGGUUUCGCAGAUUAGACAUGGAAAGAAAAAAGAAAAGCUGAAGAUAAUUAUCACAUAUGGAACAGGAAUCGACUCCUUAGCCAAAAUAGAUGAUCUUUAUGCGAAUUCAGGUAAACAUCAAUUAUUGCAAUGA